ACCCUGGCAGGUUACCCAGAAUGCCUUGCAGCCCCAGCUCCAUAAAGAAUAUGGCCGUGUGGAGCGGUUCAGAGCCCUGUAUUGCCGUGGUUGCGACAUGCAGAGAAGCCCAGAUGCCUUCAAAGACUCACGUAAAUAAAAUCCACUUGGAAAAAGCAAAGAGAAAGUCCCAGAUAAUAUCAACAUCUGAAGAUGAAGCCACAGAGGCGGUCAAAGAUCAGCGCCGGUCAAAACUAUUCACAAAGGACGAGAAAGAUGAAAGAGUGUGUUCGGAGAAAACUGUGAAGGAUACCUCUGUUCAGGGUGUAAAUUUUGAAGCCUGGAAUCCUAAUAGAGAAAACUGUGAUGGGAGGCAGCAAGACACAAGGGCAGAAGGAGAGGAGGAGGGGCAGGGCACGCUCAAGAGAAUACAGAAACUGGUGGGAGUAAAGAAGGGUACACAAAGCGGCACAGAGGAGUCAAGGAACAGCACAGACCCUAGAAGUCACAUGACAGAAUCCAAAGGUAAACACAGUCCCAUCAUAACCUGCAUCAGUCUGACCAAAAAAACGGAGAAAAAGCUCCCGAAAGGUUCCACACGACAACCACAGCAAUCCCAGAAUUCUCUGCAGCGGAAGGAGGUGGAUAAAACCGAAACAGAAGCCCCCUGGAGUCCAGGCCUCUUUCAGGAAUCCUGGAGUCCCACAAUCUAUUCUCCAUCCUGGGACACGUCCACUCACACCUGCCACAGGUCAACGGCGGAACAGGUCAUGUACAACUUCAACUUCACCCUUCCCAGAGACACAGACUGGGAGAAAUACGAGGAGCUCUUCAGCCGACUGGACCCCUAUAAACGAGACCAGCAGGCCAGAUGGAUUACUCACUCAGUCCUGGAUCUGGACGUGCCUGAUCAGCUGGUAAGAUCAGUUUUUAAGAUUUCAGGCUGGUUUUGUGCAUGACUUAAAUAGGCAUGUUGUUCACCCACAAAACUUUGCUGGAAUAGAAGUAGUUUCGCUGGUUAAGCGAGUUAAAACAAUGGUAUCGUUUUAUUAUUUUUAAU